UCAAGGCCGCGCCUGCGCACGGCUGCCUCUCGCUCCCCCGCCCGGGUGAGCCACCCGGACAGGCAGGCCGCGGGCGGAGCCUCGCCUUCCCUCGGCUCCUCCGGCUCUGGCUCUUUCUCCCCACCCACCCUCGUCCCUCACCGGGCUGACGUGGCCCGGGCCCGGCUCGGACAUGGCGGAGGGGAGCAGGCAGAGCAAGCUGGCGGCGGCUAAGAAGAAGCUGAAGGAAUAUCAGCAGAAGAAUAGCCCUGGGUCAACAGCUGGAGCCAAGAAGAAACGCAAAGGUAAAGAAGGAAGUAGACCGGAAACUCCAACUAAUGACGGCAGGGAGUCUCCUGAAAACAUUCAGAACAUUCUGAAGGUGCUGGUGUCAGACCUUAACCGCUCCAAUGGGGUAGCCAUACCUUCAUUGGACAAGAGGAAGGCAUACUGUGAUGGUGAUGUUGCCACUCAUGAUGAACAACUUGCUGCUGGUGUCCCCACGUUGUCUAACAGCAACAGUGUGCUUAGCUCUGCUGCUCCCGGUCCCGAUAGUCUGCAGCUGUCACAGAUCUAUGACUCUGAUCAUAAAAAUGCCUUGGAAGAAAAUAGGUCCCUCUCAUUGACAGAGAGUCUCCGCCAGCUCUCUGAGCAGCUUAACGGCAUGGUCAGCCAGCCCACAGCCUAUGUGAAUGGGGAAAGUGCCACGUCUUCCACGGAUAUGAAAGAGAUGGCGACACGUUACCAGGAGCUGGCAGUAGCCCUAGAUUCCAGCAAUCUAACAAACAAACAACUCAGUACAAAGAUAGAGGAAUUGAGAUUGGGGCUAAGCGUGCUAGGCUCAAGCACAGAGGUAACACGCGGCCAUCUUUUCAGCAUUUGUGGUGCAGUCAAUGAGCCCGUUUGUCUUCUCGCUUGCAAACAGCAGAACCAAGAAGCUAUGGACCAGCUGGAGAAGGAAAAGAAGGGAUUUGAGCAGAAAUUUGCAAAAGAGCAAGCAGCAUUGCGAGAACAGUUACAGGUCCACAUUCAGACCAUAGGCAUCCUGGUUUCGGAGAAAUCGGAGCUGCAGACGGCCCUCGCACAUACACAGCAGGCUGCUCGGCAGAACGCAGGAGAAGCAGAGGGCCUCGCGACUCGGCUGCAGUCCUCGCGCCAGAGGAUAUCCGAGCUAGAGCAUACGCUCUCCUCCCUCUCCACACAGCAGAAGCAGACAGAGAAACAUAAUAAAGAGCUGGUGAAGGAACGGGAUGGCCUGAAACUGGAGGUCUACAAGCAGAGUAAAAGUAGUGAAGAACUGAAGCAGCAGAACUCGGAGCUGUCAGAGAAGCUCCACAGCCUGAUCUCUGAAAACUCAGCGAUGAAACUGGAUGUGCAGGAUCUACACAAGAAACUGGAAAUGGCAGAGCUGAUGAUUCAGCAGUUUGCGAGCCAGCCAGGGAUCCCGGAUGCCACUCAGCAGCUGCAGACGGCACUGGAAGAGCGGGCUAACUUGGAAGCCCAACUCGCCCAGCUGUCAGAAUCGAUCCAGCAACUCCAGGCCGAGCGGGACCAGUAUGUCCACAAGCUGAAGGAGGAAGGAGGGGUCUGGCAGCAGCGGGUACAGCUGCUCUCCGGGCAGGUCCAUGCCUUGGCGGAAGAAAAAGACCUGAACGUGACGCGCAUUCAGGAGCUGGAAGCCAACCUGUCCGAGUUGCUCAGCAGCCAGUCGGCCGCCAAGCUCCAGGCGAGCGAGCCUGCCCCCGCGGCGGGGCCCUCGGACGCGGAGCUGGGCCUGCGCGAAGAGCUCCGCCGGCUGCAGCAGGCGAAGGAGGAGCUUCGCGGGCAGUGCCAGGCCCAAGUGCGGGACAACGAACAGCUGAGCCGCCUCAACCAGGAGCAGGAGGAGCGGCUGCUGGAGCUGGAGAAGGCGCUGCAGCGCUACUCGGAGGAGGCCGUGGACAGGCAGCAGAUCCUGGAGAACAUGCAGAGCGACAAGGCCACCAUCAGCCGGGCCGUGACCCAGAACCGGGAGCUCAAGGAGCAGCUGGCGGAGCUGCAGAACGGGUUUGUCAAGCUGACCAACGAGAACAUGGAGGUGACGAGUGCCUUGCAGUCGGAGCAGCAUGUGAAGAAGGAGCUGGCCAAGAAGAUUGGGCAGCUGCAAGAGAAUCUAGGCGAACUCAAGGAGACGGUGGCGCAGAAAACGCAGGAGGCCCAGGCCCUCCAGGAGCAGCGCGACCAGUACUACGGCCACCUCCAGCAGUACACAGCCGCCUACCAGCAGCUCGCCAGCGAGAAGGAGGAGCUGCACAAGCAGUACCUCCUCCAGAUGCAGCUCAUGGACCGCCUGCAGCAUGAGGAGGUCCAGGGCAAGGUGGCCGCCGAGGUGCACUUCAAGGAGCUGCAGCAAGCCAAGGAAAGCCUGGACAGCGUUGCCAAAGAAAACCGAGAGCUGCAGGCCCACGUCAGCCAACUCAUGGCCGAACUGGAUGCGAAGAUGUUGUUGCCCAGGGCGGAAGGAGAUGGUGUGGAAACGGAAGAGAUGGUUGAGGACACGAGGACUCCUUCGCCCAUGAUCCCAGAGGACUUUGAAAGUCGAGAGGAAAUGGUGGCUUUCUUGACCUCUGCCGUGUCCCAAGCGGAGACGGGGCGCGAGGAGAUGAGGCAGCAGCUGGCGGAGCAGCGGCGGCAAUGCAGAGCCCUCCUGCAGCAGGUCGCCACGCUGAGGCAAGAGCAGCAGCUGCACGUUGCGUCCAGAGGAGAUCUGGCCGCAGAUUCUGUUCCAAGGGAGGUGCACGAAGCCUUAAAAAGUGCCAUGGAGAAGCUGCAGUCCCGGUUCACGGACCUGAUGCAUGAAAAGGCAGAGCUGAAGGAACGGGUGGAAGAGCUCGAGCACCGCUGCAUACAGUUGUCGGGAGAAACGGACACCAUCGGUGAGUACAUUGCCUUGUACCAGAGUCAAAGGGCUAUUCUGAAACAACGCCACCGUGAGAAAGAGGAGUACAUCAGUCGACUGGCCCAAGACAAGGAGGAGAUGAAGAUGAAAUUACUGGAGCUCCAAGAGUUGGUGAUGCGCCUGGUUGGAGAGCGAAACGAAUGGUACACCAAGUACAUGACAGCCACUCAGAGCUCGGAGCCACAGCCCAGCCUGGGGAGUGAGGCCGCUGCCACGGCAGAGAAGCGCCUUGAGCUGAACGCAGCUGAUGGCGAAGGACUGCGGGAAGUGAGUUUGUCGGAUGAGCUGGAACAGGAAUCCACGAUGCCUCCGCCCCAUGCGGACGGCAGAGCCCCCGCGCCUGCCGCUCAGGACCCCACGGCGAAGCAGAUCAUGCAGCUUCUACGUGAAAUUCAAAACCCACGGGAGAGGCUGGGCUCCCUCUUGGAAAACCCCUGCAUUCCCUUCUUCUACCGGGCGGACGAGAAUGACGAAGUCAAGAUCAUGGUGGUUUAACCAACUUCCCGAACCUGGCACCAAACCUGCAAGGACACCGUGGGCCCUGUGUGUUCUGUCCCGCAAGCUGGGCAGAACUGGAGUGCCGGGCGGCGUGUGCUAGUCCUUCCCAUGGCUGUUCCUGAGCAGAUCCCAUGGGGCCCUGGUUUCUGGGUUUCAAGGAGGAGGCUUGGUUCUCCUGGUUUCUGCUUCUAGAAGCUGGUGACUUUCCUCCACCUGUUACAGUAGCCGUUGGCCCAUCGUCUUCCCACUGAUUUAUUCUGGGCUAGGAGUGUGGGCUCCGAUUGGCCGCCCCUCUGCUUUACUGCACAGCCAGCCUCUAUCGGCUGCCUUCAUGUAGCCCUCCCUAAAGCACAGGCUGGCGGGCUGGUUGCCUCUCUAGGCAGGCUCUGCCUCUCUUUGCUUCGAGGGGCCGCUUCAUGGGCUGUCUUUCCAGUUCCCCAGCUCAGGUGGGCUUCUUGGCUGCCUUGGUGCAGGUGAUGCGAGGGUGGGAUGGAAAACACACCUGCACUUUGAAGAGCGAUGUACUGUGCUGUCUCUGCAUUGGAGGAUUUUAUUUAUUUUUAAAGAUGGGGCAACAUAAAAGAAAAAAAAGCGAAUCACUGAACAAGCAAACGUUUUUGUGUUGAUUUCUGCGAUUUCUGCUCCCCAUAACUGGGUCUCCUUUCUUUCUGCUUGGGCGGUGGCUUUCCUGGUUUUUUUGGAAUGAGUUUUCUCCCCUGUACUCGGGUUUUACAGGGCAAAGCAGAUGAUUUCUAUGAAGGAGCACAAAGAGAGGUGUCAUGUGACAGUUGCCAGUGAGAGUGGGGUGUGUGUGUGUGUGAGCACCGGAGGGAGGGGACAACUCUGAGAGUGGUCUGUGUGUUCGGAGGCCAGCUAUGGGAGAGCUGUGCAUGAUUGCAUUUGCACAUGGGCAGCCAUUGUUGGCUGGCGAUGUGAUUUCCUGUAAACCAGUUCUACCUGGAGGGAGAUGGUACUAGCGAGGUGGACAGUUGUGCUGAUUUGCACUUCCCUCGACAGGGUUCUGCCAAUUGCUGAUGUCACUGCUGCUUCCAUUGGAGUCAGAACCUUUACUUCCGGUAGCCCGGCUAGAAAUGAUCCAUCCAAAGCUUUCAAAACAGUACGACUCAUCCCUGCCCAGUUUUUCCACUUGUGCAAAAUGUGGACUAAAUCACUGACUCUUCCCGAUUUUAGGUAGUUGUCUCUCUGGGAAUCCCCCGCAGGGCAACAGAGGAGGCAUCAAAGAGAGUGGUACCGCCACGGUUUUGACUGUCAGUGUUAUUCCCUCAGUGCAUUGCAUUGGGGGUCCUAGCAAAGCAGCCCCACCUGCUCCUGUUUGCACGAGUUAAAUGUGUACAUUAGUGUAUCUGUGUAAUAUUUUUGUAUAUAUCUUGAAUAAUGAGAAGAAAAUGCUUUGGCAGCAUUUCGGGCUGCUGGAAGGCUACUCAUAACCUUGUAUUAUAUUAAGAAAAAAUGAUCUAACUUCAAGUUGGGUGGGGCAGGGAUGUGAUUUAAUAUAGAACACUAUUAAAUAUUUAUUGGGUGUCUGGUUUCCAGGAAUGUGAAAGGGGAAGAGAGAGAGGAAAAAAACCCUUGUUAGAGAAAUCUUGCAUUCUGUUACAGAAAUAAUUUAAUCCUGUUAUAAAUUUGUUCUUUCUGAAUAAACCUGUUCCACCUAGCACA